AUGGGGAUACACGGAUUGCUACAAUUUAUCAAAGAAGCUUCAGAACCCAUCCAUGUGAGGAAGUACAAAGGACAGGUAGUAGCCGUGGAUACAUAUUGCUGGCUUCACAAAGGAUCUAUUGCUUGUGCUGAAAAACUAGCCAAAGGUGAACCUACUGAUAAAUAUGUAGGAUUUUGUAUGAAAUUUGUAAAUAUGUUACUAUCUCAUGGGAUCAAGCCUAUCCUCGUAUUUGAUGGAUGUACCUUACCGUCUAAAAAGGAAGUAGAGAGGUCGAGAAGAGAAAGACGACAAGCCAAUCUGCUUAAGGGAAAGCAGCUUCUUCGCGAGGGAAAAGUCUCAGAAGCCCGAGAAUGUUUUGCCCGUUCUGUCAAUAUCACCCAUGCUAUGGCCCACAAAGUGAUUCAAGCUGCUCGGUCGCAGGGAGUAGAUUGCCUCGUGGCUCCAUACGAAGCUGAUGCGCAGUUGGCCUAUCUUAACAAAGCUGGUAUUGUACAAGCUAUAAUUACAGAAGACUCUGAUCUCCUCGCGUUUGGCUGUAAAAAGGUGAUUUUAAAAAUGGACCAUUUUGGAAAUGGACUAGAAAUUGACCAGGCUCGGCUAGGAAUGUGCAGACAGCUUGGGGAUAUAUUCACAGAAGAGAAGUUCCGUUACAUGUGCAUUCUUUCAGGCUGUGACUAUCUCUCAUCACUGCGUGGGAUUGGAUUAGCAAAGGCGUGCAAAGUACUGAGACUAGCCAAUAAUCCAGAUAUUGUAAAGGUUAUCAAGAAAAUUGGACAUUAUCUCAAGAUGAAUAUAACAGUACCAGAAGAUUACAUCAAAGGAUUUAUUCGAGCCAAUAAUACCUUCCUUUAUCAGCUAGUUUUUGAUCCCAUCGGAAGGAAACUUGUCCCUCUGAAUGCCUAUGAAGAUGACAUUGAUCCUGAAACACUGAGUUAUGCUGGGCGGUAUGUUGAUGAUUCUAUAGCUCUUCAAAUAGCACUUGGAAAUAAAGACAUAAAUACUUUCGAACAGAUCGAUGACUACAAUCCGGACAUUGCUACGCCUGCCCAGUCAAGAAGUCAUAGUUGGAAUGACAAAACAUGUCAAAAGUCAUCUAAUGCUAACAGCAUUUGGCACAGGAAUUACUGCCCUAGAUGUGAGUUGGAUAUUGUUUCAGAUGCUACACAACUGAAGAGAAAUCCCAGAACUGUGAGCACUGAACAAGUGAUUAGUGCUAAAGGGUUAAAUCUUGCAAGGAAGUUAUCUGUUGUGAAAAGACCAAGAAGUGAAGAGCUGUCAGAAGAUGAUCUACUGAGUCAAUAUUCUCUUUCACUUACAAAGAAGACCAAGAAAAAUAGCUGUGAAAGUAGUAAAUCAUUGAAUUCUUCUGAAAUGUUCAUGCCUGACCUGGUAGAUGGAACUGCUAACAAAAAAAGCUUAAAAACGCCACCUAGGACAAGGAAUAAAUUUGCAACAUUUUUACAGAGAAAAAAUGAAGAAAGUGGUGCAGUUGUGGUUCCAGGGACCAGAAGCAGAUUUUUUUGCAGUUCUCUGGAUUCUGCCGACUAUGUAUCAAAGAAAGCUAGCAGCCAACCUCUAGAUGAAACUGCUGUUACAGAUAAAGAGACCCAUCUAAAUGAAUCAGAUUGUCUAGACCUAGAAGGCAAGAAGCAGGUUGAUACAAAUGUAGCACAUAAUUCAAGUGAUCAGAUUCCAGAGGAUGUAGCGGUGUUCCCUGAUGAGGAGUCUCAGUCUUUUAAGACCAGCAGAUUCACAAGGACCAUUUCACCAUCCACUUUGGGGACAUUAAGAAGUUGUUUUAGUUGGUCUGGAAGUCUUGGAGAUUUUUCAAGAACUCCCAGCGCCUCUCCGAGCACAGCAUUGCAGCAGUUCCGAAGAAAGAGCGAUUCCCCCACCUCUCUGCCUGAGAAUAAUGUGUCUGAAAUAUCUCAGUUAAAGAGUGACGCGUCAGGUGACGGGUCUCAUUUCUUAUGUGAAGUGGGCUGCUCCUCACAGUCCCAGGAAAGCAUAGAAUUGUCACCGCACAGUUCAAAUGCAUCCAGACUUUCUCAGCCUUCUAGUAAGGAUUCUGAUUCAGAGGAAUCUGAUUGCAAUCUUAAGUCACUUGAUAAUCAAGGUAAUCACAACUCCAGGCUACAUUCAUCUCAUUUUUCGAAAAAAGACAUACCUCUAAGGAACAAGGUUCCAGGGCUAUGUACAUCUCGUUCGGUGGACUCUCUUCCUACAACCAAGAUCAAACCUCUAGUGCAUGCCAGAGUCACUGGGCUGAGCAAGAAGCCAGCAAUCGUCCAGAAGAGAAAUCAUCAGAACGCCGAGAACAAGCCAGGAUUGCAGAUAAAAAUUAAUGAGCUUUGGAAAAAUUUUGGAUUUAAAAAAGAUUCUGAAAAGCUUUCUUCUUGUAAGAAGCCCCUGUCUCCAGUCAAAGAUAACAUCCAACUAACUCCAGAAGCAGAAGAAGAUAUAUUUAACAAACCUGAAUGUGUGCGUGUUCAGAGGGCAAUAUUUCAAUAA